UUUUUAAAAUGAUUAUGCACUUCUGAAUAUUAUUGUACCGAUGCCGAUUCCGCCGAAGCGUUAUUCUGUAUUUAUGUAAACAGUAAGAUUAUAUAAAUAUUACAUUGUUGGAAAGUAUUUCAAUAGUUUUCGUUCAAUCCAAGAGUAUAAAAACGAACACGAUGGCUGAAGAACAAGACGUCGACACGGGAUUGAUCGCUUUGGCAAUGCAUAAACUUUCAAUUGACAACACCAACGUAACUGAUGUUUUAACCGAUUGUAAUAUCUACUUGAACAAGUUAAAUCGUACAGAUUUGUACAAAUCGGCCGUUUUAAUGGAUCUAAAUCUGAUAUUUGAUUGCCUCAAUACCAACGAUCAGAACCAAAUUGAUAUGAGUUGUUUGUUGCUUCAAAAACUUUUAUCGGUGUUGCCUCCGAAUUAUGCCUUUAACAAGUAUUCUGUGAGCAUUGAACGAUCGUUGCAGCAUCCAAAUGACACCGUGAAGUCUACGAUAUUAUCUGAGUUGGAAAAAAUGUUAGCUAUUGAUAAUUCUGUGGAAAUUCAAGUGGAUUUGGCAUGUACUAUAAUCGAUAGUUUGAAAAGUAACGAUAUGUCUGUUUCGUACAAUGCUGUUAAAUGUCUCAAACAAUUUCAAAGUGUGGAGACUCUUUCUUCGCUUCCGAUUCUGUCAAGAUUUCAGAGCAUUGUAGCGAUGGACGCAAAAAUACGAACAAGGGCUUACGAUAUAUUGUUUCAUUGGGCAAAAUCAAUUGAAGCGCUUGCAUUGAUAACUUCAAAAGGAUUGUUUGCCAAUUUAGUAUCUGACAUUACUAAUCCAGAUAUUAUGAUGCAAAUGGUCACAAUCCAAAUGCUCAUUCCUUUAACCACUACAGAACACGGCUUUGAUUAUUUGAAUUCCAUCGGAAUUAUAAGUGGUUUAUAUCGUCUGUUGAGCUCAUGUCCAAAAGAGUUAGACGAUCCAUCUGCUGUUAUAUUAAAUCCCGUUGUGCUGGAAUUUUUCAUUAAAAUUACCAAGAUCAGACCGCAGCUCAUUCUAACGAGCUAUCCAAAAGUAUUUGAUGUAGUCUGCGACAUAUUAAAGGAAGGAGAUGAUCCGAUUCUAGUUGGUGUCGUCAUAAACGGUAUUACUUCGUUAGCAUCAUCUUGGGAUUGUAAAGUUGCUCUAGACACGUCUCUACAGGGUCUGAUGUAUGAUCAACCAGGUGAAGAUAAUUCUGAUGUUUGGAGUACCUUGAUCGUACAGUUAAGUAACAUCGCUGUCAGCACCAAAACUGAACUAAAAGCAGCCGCGAUUCAAGCUAUCGCCAGAAUUAUUCAAAUAGAGCCUGGUGAGCUAUCGACAAAAGCUGACAUGCUAACUCGUACCCAAAAGUGGUAUAAGCGUAUUGAAAACGAUCCUAUCAAGACUAUUGUUUACGCGGCUUGUAAACUACCUUUUCUGGAACCGCAGCUAGCCGGGUUCGAAAUGUUACAAGUUCUGGCCGAGCAGCCGUGGGGUCUAGAAGAAAUCAACAAAUGUCCAAGUCUAGUGGAAUUGGUUGUAAAACAUUGUCCGGCGGAUCCUGUUAACGUUGUCAACGCAAAAAAGGCAAUUGUCAAAACUCUCAUCGAGUCUGAUUCGGCAAAGGACCUUUUACACGACAAUAUUUUGUCAAGCCUAAAAAACAACUCUAUUGGACACACAAAAACACAGUCAAACGAUGAAGUGUUAGUUGAAGAUAUGGCUAUGCAGUAAAAAAAAAAAAAAUAAAUGACUUAAUUUUAAAAUCAAUUAGGGAUAUUUUCAAUCCAA